AUGGGCCAGACACUCUCUGAGCCCGUUGUCGAGAAGGCUUCAGCUCAUGGCGGAGACAAGCGAAUGUUCUAUGGCCUGUCGGCCAUGCAGGGCUGGCGUAUAAGCAUGGAGGAUGCACAUACAGCUGUGCUCAACCUGCUCGAAGACGACCCCAGUGCUGCUAAGGAACAUGCCUCACAACUCUCGUUCUUCGGUGUUUUCGACGGCCAUGGCGGGAGCAACGUUGCGAUAUUCGCCGGCGACAACAUCCACCGUAUCCUCACAAAGCAAGACACCUUCAAGGCCGGCAACUACGAGCAAGCUCUCAAAGAUGGCUUCCUAGCGACCGACCGUGCCAUUUUGAACGACCCCAAGUACGAGGACGAAGUUUCUGGCUGCACUGCUUGUGUCGGUCUGCUUACCGAUGACAAAAUCUACAUUGCCAAUGCCGGCGAUUCGAGAAGUGUACUCGGCGUCAAGGGCCGUGCGAAACCCUUGUCCUUCGACCAUAAGCCCCAAAAUGAGGGCGAGAAGGCACGUAUCACCGCUGCGGGCGGCUUCGUCGACUUUGGUCGCGUCAACGGAAACCUGGCCUUGUCGAGAGCGAUCGGAGAUUUCGAGUUCAAAAAGAGCGCCGAGCUAGCGCCCGAACAACAGAUCGUCACUGCCUACCCCGAUGUUGUCGUCCACGAGAUGGGAGAUGAUGAUGAGUUCCUCGUUAUUGCCUGCGACGGUAUCUGGGACUGCCAAUCCUCGCAGGCCGUCAUUGAGUUCGUCAGACGUGGUAUUGCGGCGAAGCAACCCCUAGACAAGAUCUGCGAGAAUAUGAUGGACAAUUGCCUGGCAUCCAAUUCUGAAACGGGUGGCGUGGGCUGCGAUAACAUGACGAUGGUCAUUAUCGGCUUCCUCAAAGGCCGGACCCAGGAGGAGUGGUACGAGGAGAUAGCCAAGCGGGUUGCCAAUGGAGAUGGCCCUUGCGCCCCUCCUGAAUAUGCCGAGUUCCGGGGACCUGGUGUACACCACAACUUCGACGAGAGCGACGGUGGCUACGACAUCGAGGAUCAGAAGCAGGGUAGGAGCUUCGGGAUGGGGGCUUACAAGGGGCGCAUCAUCUUUUUGGGCGAUGGCACCGAGGUGCUCACAGACUCGGACGACACGGAGAUGUUUGAUAACUCGGAAGAGGAGGAUAAGGAUCUCAUCAGCCAAGUCUCUAAGGAGGGGGGUAACGGUAACGCUGAGUCUGAGGAGAAGGGGGAUGCAUCGGAGAAGCAACAACCGCCUGGGUCUAAAACCAUUGCUGCUGGCAGUGAAAAGGCCGGGGAGAAGAAGGAUGGGGAGGUGUGA